GCCAAGCUCCAGAAUUCUUCAACAACAAUGUCUAUGCCUCGUCAUGCUUGCUCGCGGCACCACCAAUUUGGACUUCUCUUUUUCCCACCGCCCCCGCUCCGCCUCCCCUGUUGCCCUGCCGGAGACCACUACUGCAGAGGAGAAGCUGCUGCUGAGCCACAAGUGUGUCGUCCGCGAGAAGGCCUUCUCAUCCUACCAAGCUCUCGGCGUCCACAAGGCCAAUCACCGGAAAUCGCUCUCUGGUGCAAAGAUCGAGGCCGCCGCCCAAUCGACUUCUAGUACUACUUCUACUAGCACCGUUGUGGCUGUCGCAACAUUAGGGAGCGAUACUCCAUCUAACUCUUAUGGCCACCGCCUCGAUCAUUAAUGAAUGAUCAUGCAAAAUGCUAUUAAUACAAAGAUCUCCAGACAACCAAAAUCUGCAGGAACAGGGGAAGGAGGGCGGGUCAUUGUGCAACAGCACAACUUUAGUGGUUUUGGCUUGCGGGGAGUUCAGGUCAGAAAGCUCUAUCGCUGGUGAGUUGGGAGCAAUAAGAUCAAAUUAGACCACUCCAAAUCACAAUCAAACCAAAUCACAAUCUGUCGGUUCCCACUCUCCCCGCCUUCUCGUUCUUCCGCCACCGUCACUUCCUUCUGCCGCUAUCGUCGCAAACUCCAUCUAUCUCUUCUCUUUGUGGUCGUUGCUGCUGUCGUUGGUUGUCACGAAGCUCUGGACGAAGAAAGAAUGGCGGAAUCAUUUCGGUCGCUGCAAGGAGAAUAACCAUGUGUACUUGAUAUUUGUCGGUGUCGGAGUAGGGUUUCUCCGCCGGAGGAGAGUUGGAAUUUGGGAAUCUCAUAGACUGUAGUCGGACUCAGAGGAGAACGCUAGCGAUGGAGAAGGAGAACAGAGCGGAGGGGAAUUGGAAUUUGGGGAUCUCAUUAAUUGUUAUUUUUAUUGUAAGUUUCCAGUUUUGUCUGUAAUGAAUCAUGUUGUUACUGUAACAAUAGAUAGAGUGUUGUUAUACUAUCCAGACCCUUGGGUGCUGGUGAUUUUUAGCUCUAAAAUUGGUCCAAAUAUAGAAGGUGAACGUUCCCUGCUUGAGGGAGGGAGAUGAAUGAGAGUUAUGAGAGCGAGUUGAUGUUUAAGUAUGGGAUUUAAGAAUAUUUUCAUGAGUUCGGAUCCGUGAGAAGGGGAUUAGCCGGUGCAUGCGUAGAGGAGAGGUCGGCGAGUUGUGUAACAGUGAUUUGAAGUAGUUUGACGGGCAUAAGUAAGUAGUGCGCCUGAUGUUUAAUAUCAAGAGAAUACAUGUUUACUUGAAUAGAAAAUUGUGAUCUUUUCCAAGUAUAAUCAUUCUAAGUAUAAAAAAACCUCGAGGGGCAAUUGAAUUUUUCUAAUCUUUUGUGGUUUAGUAGUCAAAACGGGAUACUUAGACUUGUUAACUUUAUGUCAGAGGACAAUGAUCGCCAGGCGCGGAGCUACAUUAGUCCUCGUGGGCCCCCUCACUGUAACACCCCUUUCUGAACACUAGCUUUUACAUAAAAUACAUAAAACUUGUAAAAGGAUUUUCGGGCCCGAUUUAAAACUUUACGAUUCAAAGUACAAAAAGAUAAACCAUUUGAUAGUGGAUUUCAUGUGGAAACUUGUUCAGUCUUCCGCCCACCUCAUGAGUCAAAACUUGAAGCUUGAAGUUAUUGUUUCUACUUCAAGCACUUCUUGCAGCUGCUCGGGAUAUGGGGAAAAAUAUUUGACGAAGAGUGAGUCGUCACUCAAUGAGUAAAUCCUAAACCUAAAUGAACAAUAAUACACAAGCGGUAUUUAGCAUGACACCCUUUAAUUACAAGUCAUUUGCUGCUCACUCCUGAUGCCUAUCAUUCCAUUUAUAACAAUUCGGUAUCCAAUUAUAAUUCUAAUAAUCAACGGAAGAACUAUCUCUUUAAUUAUUCAGUAGCAAUCACUUCAAUAUCCAUUCAUCACGAUGCUAAGGCACCUGAUGUCACUAUUCGGUAUCUAAAAUAGGAUAUCGCAACUAAGCACCUCUAAUGAUAGGCAAUCACAUGCUGGUGCUAGUGCACCAUUUAGUCAUUCACAUAUACUCAUCAAAAUUCACAUCACCUGAACCAUAACACAGUGCUAAACUUCAUCAGCUCGCUCAUUUUAAGUCAUGCCAAUAAACAUUUCAACAUAUCAUUCACAUUCCGCGAUCAACUAUACACCACUACACAUCGUAUUAACCUUGCUAAGGCAUUUCAUACAUGUAUCCAUGCAUAAUCUAGAAAUCAAUCACACAUUCACACCAGUACACAUAUCGAUACACUCAAUAGGGUUAGCCAGAUUAAGUGUCUUUUAGCCUUUAAUUUGCCAAGUCACAAUAUAAGUUUACUGAUAUC